UUGUUUUGUUUUGUUUUCCAGACUGAGAUGCUGAUCUCAUCAUUGCCCUCCGCACUGGAGUGGGAUACUGAAAUUGGGUUGUAGUUUAACAGUGAGCUCCAUGGCAACCUUAAACUCCAGUAGUACCCUGUCCUCCACGUUCUAUCUCACAGGUAUCCCUGGCUAUGAGGAAUUUCACCACUGGAUAUCCAUUCCAUUCUGUGUCCUCUACCUUGUUGGAAUAAUGGGUAACUGCACCAUCCUGCAUAUUGUCCGGACAGACCCCAGGCUCCACGAGCCCAUGUACUACUUCCUGGCCAUGCUCUCCCUCUCUGACAUGGGCAUGUCCAUGCCCACAAUGAUAUCACUCUUCAGGGUGCUGUGGUCCAUUUCCAGGGAAAUCCAGUUCAACACCUGUGUGGUCCAAAUGUUUUUUAUUCACACUUUCUCCUUCACAGAAUCGUCUGUGCUCUUGGCCAUGGCCUUUGACUGCUAUGUGGCUAUCUGCCACCCUCUACGAUAUGCUACCAUUCUCACCCCAAGACUUAUCAGUAAAAUUGGAAUUGCAGCCCUGCUUAGGAGUGCCUUUGCCAUGACUCCGNUUCCACUUCUGGUCCGGCUGGCCUUCUUUCCUUUCUGCCAUUCGCACAUCCUUUCUCAUUCCUAUUGUCUGCACCAGGACAUGAUUCGCCUUGCCUGUGCUGACACCAUGUUUAAUGUUAUAUAUGGAUUGGUUCUGAUCACUGUGCUGUGGGGCAUGGACUCUCUGGGUAUUUUUGUGUCUUAUAUGUGCAUCCUUCACUCAAUAUUAAGAAUUACAUCGCGUGACGGGAGGCUUAAGGCUCUCAACACGUGUGCAUCCCACAUCUGUGCUGUACUCAUCCUUUAUGUGCCUAUGAUAGGGCUUUCUAUUGUCCAUCGUUUUGCCAAACACUCCUCCCCACUCAUCCAUGUCUUCAUGGCUCACGUCUACUUAUUGGUUCCACCUGUGCUCAAUCCCAUCAUCUACAGUGUGAAGACCAAGCAGAUCCGCCAAGGAGUCCUCCACCUGCUUUUCCCCACAAAAAUCAGUUCUGUUAUGAUGUAGGCAUGUCCU